GACAUUUUACAGUUCAUUUAUGUUCAAUCAGAACUCACCACAUCAUUCAGCAUCAGCAGAGGAUAGACGCAUGCUGUCAGGUCACGCAACACAGCCGACUUACACGUUUCAGUUCUUUAAAACACAGCACUUAUCACACCAUUGAGAGCAGCGGUGUUGAGAGAAGAACAAGCAGUAAACCAUGAUUGACUUUAACUGCAGUUCACCGAUGAACCACCCAGAUGCAUCGCUCCAUCUCUUUGAACGUGUGGCCUACAUACUUGUCUUCAUAGUGGCCUUUUCCUUCAACAUCACGGCUCUAUACAUGUUCUGUCACAUCAAGUGCUGGACAGACACGCACAUCUACAUGAUCAACCUGCUGGCUGCCGAUUUCCUGGCCAUUCUUUUUCUUCCCUUCAGGAUACUGGAGGCCUUCUGUCCAAUAAAACCGAACUUAUUGUGUUCGUUCCUGCUGUGCACCCAAUACUCCAACAUGUACUGCAGUAUCUUCAUCAUUACAGCCAUCAGCAUCCACCGGUUCAUAUCCGUCCGGUUUCCGUUUCUGACCAAGGCACUGGCCCCCAAAAGUAAGAUUAUCGCCACCACAGAGUGCAUUAUCAUCUGGGUGAUCGUGGCGGUGAUCUGCGCUUGUAAUUAUAAAGACCUUCUCCCAGAACAUUUAGAGCACUGUUAUGACCGAAAGCUGACAGAAAAGCUCAAAAUAACUUUUUUCUUGCUUUUGGAGAUUUUAGGGUAUCUUAUACCAGUAGUCAUCGUCAUAUUUUGCUCCACACAAACCAUCUACAUCCUGGUCAGAUCGCUUCGGCAUGUUGAGGGUAGGGAUAGAGUGGAAAGGAAAAAAAUCGCUGCUGUUAUCACCGCGAACAUGUUCACAUUCAUAGUUUGCUUCACACCUGUCCACAUUGGUCUUUUGCUGCAAUAUUUAUCUGACGAGUCCCACAAAAACUUUGUGCAUGUGUUUCUUGAUGUGGCCGAGUGGAUUGCUACGACCAAUUGCGGUCUGGAUUCUAUUGGGUAUUACUUUCUUCUAAAAAGAGUUCAGAAAAGAGAGCAAAGUUACUGAUUGUUAAAAGUCAGCAAAGCAAAGUCUUCUUAAUCUAUGGAUAGAUUGAAGCAGGUCCGUCAUAGGCCUAUGGGAGAAACCCAAUAAAAUAAAGGUUUAUCAGAUAAAAGACUUACCGGUAACACUUUACAGUUAGGUUAAUCAGUUAACAUUGUUA